GUCAAAAUCAAAAUCUGUACCAAAUUUCUCUAAAGACCAGAGUCCAUUAUGGGUUCAGAGAGGGGACUUGGCAAAAAAGUUACGUUUAGUGAAUCCUCCCAAAUAUGCUAAGCUAAUAAAUGUGACGUCUGGCAAUAAGCAUGUCGUAAUCCUGAUGCUCUCCGAUACCAAGGGAAGUGUGGAAGUUACUGCAAGAAGAGCGUCGAUACCAAGUUUCAAGAAGAAAGUUAAAAACUACAAAAGCAUUACAACUUACAAGGCACGAACACCAGCGUCACAUGCAAAGUCGCGAACCACUUUUGUCACCCUCUUACCUGAUCCAAAGGACACUGUAAAAAAUAUCACGUGCUUGUCAUCAGCUAUGAUUUCCGACAGAAAGGCUGCUGUAAAUCGUAAAUAUCAGAAACAGGAGGGCUCGUGUCCUCACGAUUAUCCCUGCAAAAGUCACAAUUCUUGUUCUCUUUGGAAAACUGGGCUGGUUGGUGAGGAUUUGGCCAUUAAUCAAUGGAUAUCGUUAUCUUUCCUUGAGGAUAUUUUCUUGGGAGUUGAUCCGAAGACGUUACACAUCGUCAGAUCGGUUUUCCAAGACUGCAUUCACCAGAAUGGCAUAACCAUACCGAUUUCCAAAGUUAGGCCAACCCCGGAUUGUGAAAGUCGAGUGCAGCACAUCACUGACUGCCUCCUUACUUCACAGAACAAGGUUUGUUUGUUGACUUGUCUUAACCAAAGGAUCAACUUGGAUCCUACAUUUUCUGCUCUUCCAAUGCAGCCAGUGGUUAAAUUUUGGCACAAAAAUGCUUUCUCUUCUUCAAUUUAUUGUCGAUUUUCAGGGACUCUGUAACAACUAUAAUGCACCUCCAGCAACAACAGCAGUGUAGUUUAGAGAAUCGCACAUAGUGGUACAAGUCAAACCGCAUGUGGUAACUGUACUAUGCUAGACACAAAAAUAAAGAUGAAAAAUAAAGGCACAAUUGUGAUUUA